UUUGAACAAUGAGUCUAGCAUGGCUGACUUCAAAUAUCUCAUCAAUCGAUGGAUGAACAAUAUACCUAACGAUUCACUGUACGUCGCGAAUUGGGUGGUGAACAAUCAUGACAAUCAUCGAGCGGCUUCCAGAUUGGGCGAGAAACGGACCGAUCAGCUUUCUGUGUUGGCGAUGGUUUUACCCGGCGUAAGCGUGAUUUACAACGGCAACGAGAUCGGCAUGGUCGAUAGGAAUUUUACGUACGCAGAAACCAAGGACCCUAUCGGAUGUAUUGUUGGACCUGACACGUGUCACGAGUGAAGAUAAACCUGGACAAAGUCGUGUGUCUAAACAGAUUUGAUAUCCAUAAAUACAUUUUAUUUUCAAAUGUAUCAGAUAUUUGUAUUAUCAUUAUAUCAAAUA